UGGGCGCUGUGGAGAGCGAGGGUUGUGCGUCCAGCUGUGCAUCCAGCUGUGGGGGGGGGGGGUCCCCCCGGACUACAUUUCCCAGCGACCCCCGCGGCGCGGGCCGGAAGUUACUUUUUCCCGCCCCCCCGCGGACUCCAUUUCCCAUCAGCUCCCCGCGCCGCUGCCGCCAUUUCCCGGCGGCCCCCGCGGUGUUGGCGGCGCCAAGAUGGCGGCGGGGAGCGGCGGCUCGACGGCGCGGGAGCUGUUCGCUGAGGGGUUGCUGCAGUUCCUGCGACCGGCGGUGCGGCAGCUCGAUGGACACGUCCACGCCGUCAGGGAGAGCCAGGUGGAACUGCGGGAGCACAUCGACAGCCUGGCCACAGAGCUGUGCCGCAUCAACGAGGACCAGAAAGUAGCGCUGGAUCUCGAUCCCUACGUGAAGAAGCUGCUGAACGCGCGACGCAGGGUGGUGCUGGUCAACAACAUCCUGCAGAACGCCCAGGAACGGCUGCGAAGGCUGAACCACAGCGUGGCCAAGGAGACGGUGCGGAGGAAGGCCAUGCUGGAGGCGGCCGGCAGCUACCCGCAGGGCUUGCCCGGCAAGUGAGGCCCCCGUGGCAGCACCGGGCCGGAUCCCCGUCGCACCACAGCUGCGCCAACAGCCCUGUGAGCUGAGCAGGAGCAGCCCUGGAUGGUGACGGGUGUGAUCCCACGAGGACAGAGCGAGCCGCUGGCAAAGGGAGCAGGUAUCCCUGUUUGUAGCAGCGCUCUCCUGAGCGUCCGCAGCACGGGAGGGGGCGAGAAGUCCUGCGUAGUGAGGCCGCAGCUCUUCGGCUGCAGCUGAAGGAACUGGGAGGACUCUGAAUUGUAUUUCUAGGUUUGUAGGUGCCGUAAUAAAAGCAACCAUGUGUUGUUCAUGGGCUGGUGAGGCAGCAACAUUGAGUCUGUAACAUUGCCCUGUGUUGACGUGCCCUGGGGAAGGCAGCACCAGGCAGACGCUGCCAGCCGAGAGAUGUUGGGAUUC